UUCUGUGGCCCAUCAUGGGAAAGAAGCUACUCUCAUAUUUGAACUCAAAUACAUUUAGCUAACAACUAAAUUCAAACGUUACAGUAUUUUAGUUUGUACUUCAAAUAUCUGUGGUCUGCUCUGGAAACUUUCGCGGAAGUGGAGCCAAUGGCGAGCCCUCGAGUGAAGGUCUACUGCAGAUCACAUAUCCUGUGAAGUGAUGAUGAGUCUUUGACUGCUGUUCCGCUCUCUGAAGAAACAAAAUAGCUGGACUGAAGAAAAGAGUCCGGGAUUACUAGAAAAAGAAACUUGGUUUUUAAAGGAGUGUUUUAUAAGUCUGGAGUGUGAGGGAAAAAAGGACUGAGUUGCUCCGGCAGUAUUCCACUAACCUUUCAGCUGCAAGGACUAAGCAUCGUCACUCACUUCAGGAUCUGCCCAGUCCUGGGGUGUCACGACCCUUUAUGACCCCAGCCAACAAGCCACUAUUCAGUGAGCUGGACUAAGGAUAGAGCAGAUAAUAGAGGCAGGAGGCUUGCACAAACAAAAAAGUGAAGCAACAACAGCAGUGGUGUUCAGACUGGUAAGAAAGUUAAAGGGCCCCUUGAAGAUAGGGAAAAAGAGCUGAAAAUAGAAAGAAGAAAGAAAAGUGUGAAUACAAAAGACCUUCUUGGGACUGCUAGGCAUUCUUGAACGCAAAGAAAACUUUGACCCUUAACCUUCAUUUCACCUCUUAAAUUCAUUUUAGUGCUACCCAAUCAUGUCUGUGGAGACCCUUCGUCCCACACAUGGGCGUCAUACUGGGGGUGCUUUUACCUCUGCCAUGCCUUUUCGCAUUCUCAUCAAGGGCCCAGAAUACUUCCGCAGGGCACCUGAGACCGGAACGCGAAAGUUAAGCGCAGUAGAGCGUCUGGAAGCAGACAAGGCUAAGUACGUGAAGAGCCAGCAAGUAGCACUCACUAGACAAGAGCCUGUCAAACCCCCAAUCAUCCGUAAACCACUGCUAUCACCAAGCAUGAUGAUGCAAUGUAGGAUAAACACUCCACCAGCGAAGACGACUACUCGCCGGCUACCUGAUGCAGAAAACAGGGGACCAGUACAAGGAAUAUGCAGGGGACCUCAACUCAAUCUGGAUAUCCUUAAUAAUCUAAUCAAUGUCUGUGAUGGGUCACUUGCAUCCUCCCCUACCCCUUCCUCUCCAUCUCCCUCUGCCUCCUCUCCUUCAUCCGGAGGUCAGAGUGUUGGUAGUGGACUAUCUGCAGAGCCUCAGCAAUGUGUCAACUUCAGAGUACACCAUGCUUCUAAAGAGGCGAACUCCUCUUCGCCUCUUUACAGUCAGCCCUCCCCUGCAGAACCCAGCCGAAGGCCACCACCGGUUCCAGCCAGAGCUCCCCGACUGAUGCCACAAGGUAGUUACGGACCUCCUAACUCUGUAACUGUGCGACGGGUGGAUGUGCGACCGCAGGCAGAGAUACGGAAGCCUCAGAGGUUGCCUCUACAACCCAAACCCAGACAAACCCAAACAGCUCAACCACAGAUAGCUCAGCCACAGGCACCCCCACCACCCACAAAUUCAGCUAAGCACCAGCCUAAGUUUGCUCAGCCUCCAUCCCCCUGCUUGCCCCAGAGCCCCCUACUUCUGCGCUCUUGUGUUUUACCCCCAGCCUCCCCCGCCUUCACCCGUCUCUCCUCAGCCAGCUCACGAGGUUCACAUCCUGGCUCAACACGGAAACACCCCACCCUUCACCGCUCAAAGUCUGACUUGAGUGACAGAUACUCUCGGGCCACAGCCGACCUGGAACGAUUCUUCAACUACUGUGGACUGGAUCCUGAGGAAGUGGAAUGCAUGGGUGGCGUGGAACGUUUUGCCCGAGCCAAUUCGGACAUUGUUUCAGUCUCCAAGCUCCGUAGUGUUAGUACGCCAAGCUCAGACUGUGGUGGGGAUGGACGGAGAGGAGAAGAUGAGGAUGACGAAGAAGAUGAUGGGCCCAUCAAGCCCAGUGAGCGUGUUCCUUAUGGCAUCUCGGUCAUCGAGAGGAACGCACGUGUCAUUAAGUGGCUCUAUGGAAUCCGACAAGCACGGGACACUUCGCAAAACAUGUAGGAUUUUCUCUCUGGCUUUCUACUGACAAGGGAGUACCAGACAAAGACAAUAUAAAUGGGACAGAAAUUUGCAGCAUUGUGUUGAUUAUUCUGUUGAUCACACACAAUAUUUAUUAAGUUCUUGUUGAAGAUGUUUGAACUUGGCUCUGACAAAUAUUUGUUUAAUUUGUUUUUGCUUUACUAUAAGGAUAUUGUUCAUCAAGUUAUUAUCAGAUGUGGCAUACUACAGAAUCUCAGCACUGUGACUUAAAUACAUAUUUUAUUUAAGCAAUAACACUAAUGCUAAAGGCAUUAAAAGAGUGACUGAAUGGAUGAUGUUGAUGUUGAUGAUGAUGAAAGCAGCAGUCGAUCUGCUGUGCUGAUACUGUUCAGGUACAAAGUCUUUAUUAAACGGCAGUGCUGUGGAACUCAUGGCCUAAGCUAAUUUCAGUAGGAACCAUAGGAAAAUCAAGCAGGUACUUUCUAGCUUUAGAAAUCUUUGUAUUGGUUGAAAAAUUGCAGAAUGAUUGAAAGCCAUUUAGGAUAUGUGUUUGUUAUGAGGUAUGAGAUAAUCAUGGUAGGAUGGUCUCAGGGAUGCGCUCAAUAAGCCACAGCUAGAACAAAGAGACAGCCUGCAAAAUACACACACACACACACACACACUUAAACACACUUCUCACUCUAUACACACUUUUGAUCUACAUGUGUCAAAUUCAAGUGUGUCAGAUGUUUCAGUUUAGAUGUUUUUGAAGGUGAGGCUACAAUACUGUGAAGAAUUCAGAGCUUCCAUGGAGGCACUGCUCCUCUGCAAAUAUGGCUGGUAGACUGUUCAUUUUGAAUUUAUGUUUUGAAGUUAAAAAUAUAAGCAUGUAAAACCAUAUUGUCAGCAUGCACACAUGGAUGUACAUCUGCAUCACUUGGCAAAGCACAGUUGCACGAUGUGCAGUCCCAAAACAUGCAUUCCUAAACAAAUAGACGUACAUUCCAUUCAACAUGUUUAUAUAUGAUAUAUGUGGCUUUUGUUGUUUGUGACUGUUCCUUCUGCUUGUCUCUGUGGGUUUAUACAUUCUGAGGAGAAGUGUGUCUUGUUUUAGAUGGAUAAAACAGGUAGAGAAUGAGAAAGCAGAAUGAUCUGGAAGUGUGAUUCAAUGCUCUCAGUGGAAUUAAAGCUGUUAAAUCUAUAUACUGCACAGUUUUGCACUUGAAGUGGAAAAGAAAAGAUUAUCAAAGUGAUAGAAAACUGAAGUUGAUGCAAUCUGUGCACAAUGAAAAGUCAUGAGGCCACACAAAUUUCCCCUUUUGGUAAGAAUGUUUUGCUUUGUUAAAGGCACAAUAAUAUAUAUAUUUGUUUUUCUCUCGGCUGUGCAAUCUAACUAUACAUAAAAAAAAAUAAACACAAAACAUUUCUUGAUUUAAAGACAUUGCUCUGCCAGCACAUUCAGAAAGUAUGCACACAAAGGUACAAACCCUCAAACGGUUCAGUUCAGUAAUCGUUGAAGUAUGACAGAGUAACAUUGUGGCUCUGCUUGUGUUCAGGAGUUCACUGUUGACUCAGUGAGAGAGUCUAAAGCAAAAUCGGUGAUCUGAAGAAGUCAAUAAAGAGAUAAUCUUUUAAAAAAAAUAAAUUUGGGAUUUCUUCUUUCAUUUUAGAUUAGUAUUUUGAGGUUAUUUUUUAGUGCUUUUCAAUAAAUUGCUCAAACCAGUUCACAAUAUGAUCUGAAUUAUUAAUUUGUGAAUCAGUUUGAAUCAAAAUGGUUUUCAAAAAUGCUUAUCCAGUA